GGACUGUCGCCGGUACCGGCACCGGAGCGCGCCGGGUCCUCGCCGGGUCCCAGCCCCGCGCGUCGUCCCAGCCCAGCCGGGACCCCCCGCGACAUGCGCGUCCCAGCCCUGCGCUGAGCAGGCGGCAAUGUGGGGACUCGGGGCCCGGGGCCCCGGCCGGGGGCUGCUGCUGGCGCUGGCGCUGGCGCUGGGCGGGCUAGCGCGGGCCGGGGGCGUCGAGGUGGAGCCCGGCGGCGCGCACGGCGAGAGCGGGGGCUUCCAGGUGGUCACCUUCCAGUGGGCCCACGUGCAGGAUCCCUACGUCAUCGCGCUCUGGAUCCUCGUGGCCAGCUUGGCCAAGAUCGGGUUCCACCUGUCCCACAAGGUCACCAGCGUGGUUCCCGAGAGCGCCCUGCUCAUUGUGCUGGGCCUGGUGCUGGGCGGCAUCGUCUGGGCAGCCGACCACAUCGCGUCCUUCACACUGACGCCCACCGUCUUCUUCUUCUACCUGCUGCCCCCCAUCGUGCUGGACGCCGGCUACUUCAUGCCUAACCGCCUCUUCUUCGGCAACCUGGGGACCAUCCUGUUGUACGCUGUCGUGGGCACCGUGUGGAACGCGGCCACCACCGGCCUGUCCCUCUACGGCGUCUUCCUCAGUGGGCUCAUGGGCGACCUGAAGAUUGGGCUGCUGGACUUCCUCCUGUUCGGCAGCCUCAUUGCUGCUGUGGACCCAGUGGCCGUCCUGGCCGUGUUUGAGGAGGUCCACGUCAACGAGGUCCUGUUCAUCAUCGUCUUCGGGGAGUCGCUGCUGAAUGACGCAGUCACUGUGGUCCUGUACAAUGUGUUUGAAUCUUUCGUGGCGCUGGGAGGUGACAACGUGACCGGCGUGGACUGCGUGAAAGGCAUAGUGUCCUUCUUCGUGGUGAGCCUGGGGGGCACGCUGGUGGGGGUGGUCUUCGCCUUCCUGCUGUCGCUGGUGACGCGCUUCACCAAGCACGUGCGUAUCAUCGAGCCCGGCUUCGUGUUCAUCAUCUCCUACCUGUCCUACCUGACGUCCGAGAUGCUGUCGCUGUCGGCCAUCCUUGCCAUCACCUUCUGUGGCAUCUGCUGUCAGAAGUACGUGAAGGCCAACAUCUCGGAGCAGUCGGCCACCACCGUGCGCUAUACCAUGAAGAUGCUGGCCAGCAGCGCCGAGACCAUCAUCUUCAUGUUCCUGGGGAUCUCGGCCGUGAACCCGUUCAUCUGGACCUGGAACACGGCCUUCGUGCUCCUGACGCUGGUCUUCAUCUCCGUGUACCGGGCCAUUGGUGUGGUCUUGCAGACCUGGCUCCUGAACCGCUACCGCAUGGUGCAGCUGGAGCCCAUUGACCAGGUGGUCCUGUCCUACGGGGGCCUGCGCGGGGCGGUGGCCUUUGCCCUGGUGGUGCUUCUGGACGCAGACAAGGUCAAGGAGAAGAACCUGUUCGUCAGCACCACCAUCAUCGUAGUGUUCUUCACCGUCAUCUUCCAGGGCCUGACCAUCAAGCCCCUGGUGCAGUGGCUGAAGGUGAAGAGGAGUGAGCACCGGGAACCUCGGCUCAACGAGAAGCUGCACGGCCGCGCUUUCGACCACAUCCUCUCGGCCAUCGAGGACAUAUCCGGACAGAUCGGGCACAAUUAUCUCAGAGACAAGUGGUCCCACUUCGACAGGAAGUUCCUCAGCAGGGUCCUCAUGAGACGGUCGGCCCAGAAGUCUCGAGACCGGAUCCUGAAUGUCUUCCACGAGCUGAACCUGAAGGAUGCCAUCAGCUACGUGGCUGAGGGAGAGCGCCGCGGGUCCCUGGCCUUCAUCCGCUCCCCCAGCACCGACAACGUGGUCAACGUGGACUUCACGCCACGAGCAUCCGCCGUGGAGGCCUCUGUCUCCUACCUCCUGAGAGAAAAUGUCAGCGCUGUCUGCCUGGACAUGCAGUCUCUGGAGCAGCGACGGCGGAGCAUCCGGGACGUGGAGGACAUGGUCACACACCACACGCUGCAGCAGUACCUGUACAAGCCGCGGCAGGAGUACAAGCAUCUGUACAGCCGACACGAGCUCACGCCCACCGAGGAUGAGAAGCAGGACCGGGAAAUCUUCCACAGGACCAUGCGGAAGCGCCUGGAGUCCUUCAAGUCGACCAAGCUGGGGCUCAACCAGAACAAGAAAGCGGCCAAGCUGUACAAGCGGGAGCGUGCCCAGAAGCGGAGAAACAGCAGCAUCCCCAAUGGGAAGCUGCCCAUGGAGAGCCCCGUGCAGAAUUUCACCAUCAAGGAGAAAGACUUGGAACUUUCAGACACCGAGGAGCCCCCCAACUAUGAUGAGGAGAUGAGUGGGGGAAUCGAGUUCCUGGCCAGUGUCACCAAGGACACAGCGUCCGACUCCCCUGCAGGAAUUGACAACCCUGUGUUUUCUCCGGACGAGGCCCUGGACCGCAGCCUCCUGACCAGGCUGCCGCCCUGGCUGUCUCCCGGGGAGACGGUGGUCCCCUCGCAGAGGGCCCGCACGCAGAUUCCCUACUCUCCCGGCACCUUCCGCCGCCUGAUGCCCUUCCGCCUCAGCAGCAAGUCCGUGGACUCCUUCCUGCAGGCAGACGGCCCCGAGGAGCGGCCCCCCGCCACCCUCCCCGAGUCCACACACAUGUGACACCGGCUCCGACACGCCGCUGACCGGACGCUCGUCCCCGCGCCACGGUCCGCCCACCGCUGCCGCCGCCGCCGUCCCCGAGAAACCCCAGAUCCCCGCGCGGCUACAGCGACCACGCGCCCCGAGCCCCGCCUCGUCCACGCCAGCGCCUGCGCAGAACUCCGAGAGUGCCGCGCCCGCGCCCGCAGAGCCGCCCGAGCGCGAGCCGGGGGCGGGGCCUGCACCGGGGGCGGGGCCGGAGCGCCGGGGGCUGCCGAGUGCGCACGCGCGUUCGGCGGCGGCGCGCCGCGUGCACAGCCGGCGCUCGUUCCAGCGGCCUCGCGCGCGCCGCCGCCCCGCGCUGCUGAAGCUGGCGUCGCUGCCGCCCUCGUGCCACGCACCGCCGCACGCGCUGGAGCAGGAGGAGACGCCGCUGUGACGCCGCCGGCGGGAAGGGUCCGCGCGCCAUGGCUGGCCGCUCGCGCCCUUUCCCACCGCUGCCGGGAAACCGAGGCUCGCCCCAAACGGAUUUGCAUGAAACCAGCCCAAGGCUCCGGGCCCCCCCAACCGAGCCCCGCGCCUCUCCCCGGGGAUCGACUCAGGGACCUCCCGAGCGCCAGGACUCAGGGCCCGACCUGCAGCGGCUGCAGGCCCAGCGCCCGCAAGCGGCCCGGGCCGAGCGCCGUUUCCAGGCCCUCGCCAGGUCUUUGAGCUGCAGGUAAAGUGGCAGGAACGUCUUCCGUCUGCUCAGCGUUUGGGGAUUUAUACUCCUAAAGCCAGUACCUGCCCCGUUUCCCCCCCAGGUUCCGUCCUGCCCGCGCCCGGUCUCAGGGUGGCGCCCCCGGACACGGCCCGUCCCCAUAGACGAGGUCUCCGGCCUGAGCUGUCGCACCUGGCGCGGAGGUCGCCCGGGGUGCCUUGGCUGGGUGAGAGGUGGCCUGGCGGGCGGAGCUUGCCAAGAAUCACGGCCAGUCCUUAAGUGGAUGGUGGUGCCCAGCAGCUGCUCUGGCCCCCUUAACAAACCAGGGGGCACGGAGGGGCCCAGAGCACCGCCCCCCCUACCAGGCUCAGGCCCUCCAAGGAGAACCUGCUGAGACCCCUGGGCCUGCCCUAGACCCCGGACCCCUGACCCUUCCCACUCCUUCCAGCGUCCCAGGGCGAGGCCUUGGACAGAGCUCCUGGUCCUCUGCAGGGAGACCAUCCAGCCUAAGCUCUGGGAGGCGCAGUCUAUUGAGUGGGCGGAGGCCGCGGGUGCUGAGCCGGGGAGGGUGCUGGGAGUCCAUCCAUCCCUCAGACCGCAAGUCCCACAGGGUCCAACCCACCUGAAACCUGCCUGCACGGUGGAGGUGGACACUCCUAGGGGCUUUUCUAAAGCUAGACUCGCAGCUCCUUGCUCAGGAAAAUUAAACUAUUCACGUCUUAGAUCAAGUGUUGACAGUCGCCAGUCAGGAGGAGUUCUUAAGAGUUUUAUGUUGACUGAAUAUUGCACAUUGAGUCCCCAUUGAGUCCCUGGUGGGAAAAGUCCACAAUUUCCCAUUGAUAGCUUUUUACCGUUGUGAAAAAGGGAAGCGUCAGCCACACAAAAGCCUCCAUGACCGCCACUUCGAAGAAGCUCUCGACCCUAACUGCAGUCACUGUUAUUUGGAUCUGAUCAAGCGCAGUGACUUUUUGGGAUUCAGUGGUCAUUCUCCACACUUCAUAGCCAUUUCAACCAACUCUGAGCACAAAAUGCAGCCAUCUUCUAUGCAGCAAACCCUGCCCAGUCAGUGACCCUACUGGACAGACCCAAGGCCAGCCCUGGUUCCCUGCUGCAGCCACCAUCCUGACGUUCAUCGGAGCAGGCCGGGGCCUGGCCUUCCCGGCACAAGUGGGUGUUCUGACAGGCCCCCAGUUUGUCCCAUCUGAACUGCUGGGAGGUUUCCAGGUGGCCAGAGGAGCAAAGCUGCCUUCCAAGUGCCUGUCUGUGCCUGGGAGAACAGAGCAGGAGCGUCGUGCGGCCCACAGUGCAGUGCAUGGCGAUUCCAGGCGUUGAACAACUCCCCUGGACCCUUGGGCCUGCAUCUGACUCCCAGCUGCAGAGUCAGAAGCUGAGUCCAGGCAACUGCUUGGCCACUCCCGGUCACUCCUCCCUGGACACCCGGUUACCAAAGUCAGCAAAGAAGAUGCGGUAAUCGUCCACAUGGUGAACACAACACUCUCACCAAUACCUCCUUGACUGGUCAGUCUUCAGCACCGGGAGUGGGCAGGCAGGUGUUCUGUGUUUACGAGAAUUGCACAGGCUAAACACAAACAUGGAACCAGAGUUCCAGUGAGAACACCUCACUCACAGCAGCCCAGGCUGCUCCCCACCAGGUGAUGGAGCGCGCCCGGGCUGUGGGUGCCAGGGGCUGAGUGCUAGGGACUCAUCAUGAGUGGGGAUCCCCACGUUCCUGUCACUGCUGUCAAACAGAAGGUAAACAGUCUUAUGAAUGUAUUUCCUUAGGAAAACUUGUAAAAACUUUUAUUAGGAUAUCUAUUUAAUACUGAACUUUGGCCUACUUUGUGAUAGACUAUAAACAAAUUGAGGAAAUCACUAUUUCUCACUUCUGUAUUUUCUCAAAAAUAAUUUUGUUACAGAGUUCAAUAUACUGUGUACUAUUGAUCUUCUAUUGUGAAAGCAAAGAAUUUCAUCAAAAUAUUUUAAAUUAUGAGUGAAAAUUGUGUAUGUUAAUUUUGCAGCUAUAAUAUUAAUCAAACUUUGUGUAAUUCUAAUCACAAAAUGAUGUGCCUUAAGUGCCCCUCCAGCUGUGGGUUGGCAGUGUCCAGACAGGGAGGGCCCAUCAUCAAAAUCCUGAACGAUUGCUAGACCAAUACUAUUAAAAACAUUUUAAGGCA